GUUUCAAAACAGAGCACUGGUUGGGGCAUUUGUGCCUGCUGAGCUUGCAGUCAUCAAAGAGACUUUUUCUGAGGUUACUGGAGAACAUUAUAAGUCCCUGAACCACUGCCUAUCAGCCUGACUCCACAAGUAAGCAUCCAGAAGAGCAAGGUUCCUGCUUUUAGGCUUUCCUUGGCCAGUGUUGGUCUCUCCAGGGCUGUGGGCUUGCUAAUUGUGAUUUAACCAGUUGCAAAAAACCUGCAAAAACCUUCAACAUCUGAGCAGCCAGAUAGCCGUCUCAACAAAGAAUAAGGAAGAGCAAAAAAGUUCUGCAAAGAAGGGAGCACAUGAUUUGGGAUUUUAAGUUGGUGUCAUGGAUGAGUCCGCAGUGUCCCUUGGUACGAUAGAUGUUUCUUACCUGUCAAAUUCAUCAGAAUACAGUGUCAAUAGAUGUAAACACUCAGGUGAAGAAUGGGGCGAUUGUGGUUUCAGACCUACUGUAUUCCGAUCAGCAACUUUAAAGUGGAAAGAAACUUUAAUGAGCAGAAAGAGGCCAUUUGUGGGGCGAUGUUGCUAUGUGUGUACUCCCCAGAGCUGGGACAAGUUUUUCAAUCCAAGUAUCCCUUCUUUGGGAUUGAGGAAUGUUAUCUAUAUCAAUGAAACUCAUACAAGACAUAGAGGAUGGCUUGCAAGACGCCUUUCAUAUGUACUUUUUGUUCAAGAGCGGGAUGUUCAUAAGGGCAUGUUUGCCACCAAUGUGACUGAAAAUGUACUGAACAGUAACAGAGUACAGGAAGCAAUUGAAGAAGUGGCUUCUGAACUGAAUUCUAGAGAUGGUUCUGUUCAACAGCAAUCAAAAUCUAUUAGCAAAGUGAAGAAGAAAGCUAAGCGGAUUCUCCAAGAAAUGGUUGCUAAUGUCUCACCAGCAAUGAUCAGGCUAACUGGAUGGGUGCUACUAAAACUUUUCAACAGUUUCUUUUGGAGUGUUCAGAUUCACAAAGGUCAACUUGAGAUGGUCAAAGCAGCCACUGAAAUGAAUUUGCCUCUUAUCUUCCUACCAGUUCAUAAAUCCCAUAUUGAUUAUCUGCUACUCACAUUCAUUCUUUUCUGCCAUAACAUCAAAGCACCAUAUAUUGCUGCUGGCAAUAACUUGAACAUACCCAUCUUCAGUACACUAAUCCAUAAACUUGGAGGCUUUUUCAUACGACGAAGGCUAGAUGAGACAUCAGAUGGACGAAAAGAUACUCUCUACAGAGCUUUACUCCAUGGACAUAUCGUAGAACUGCUGCGACAACAACAGUUUUUGGAGAUCUUUUUGGAAGGAACACGUUCUCGGAGUGGAAAAACCUCCCAUGCUAGGGCAGGUCUCUUGUCUGUGGUUGUGGAUACACUUUCUACCAAUACUAUUCCUGAUAUUUUGAUAAUCCCUGUCGGAAUCUCAUAUGAGCGUAUUAUUGAAGGUCACUACAAUGGUGAACAACUGGGUAAACCCAAGAAGAAUGAAAGUCUGUGGAGUGUGGCAAGGGGUGUCUGUCGAAUGCUGCGUAAAAACUUUGGCUGUGUCCGAGUGGAUUUUGCACAGCCAUUCUCCUUAAAGGAAUACUUAGAGAGUCAAAGUCAGAAACCUAUGCCUGCCCCACUUACCUUGGAGCAAGCUUUGCUACCAGCUAUACUUCCUUCCAGACCUAAUGAUGAUGUUGCUGAUGAAGCUAGAGAAGCUACAGUUAAUGAAUCCAGAAAUAUAAAUGAUGAGCCAUUCAGGAGGACACUAAUAGCAAAUCUUGCUGAGCACAUUAUGUUUACUGCUAACAAGUCAUGUGCUGUUAUGUCAACACAUAUAGUGGCCUGUUUACUACUCUAUAGACAUCGGCAGGGAAUUGAUCUUUCUACUUUGGUAGAAGACUUUUUCAUUAUGAAAGAGGAAGUGUUGGCCCGGGAUUUUGACUUGGGGUUCUCAGGAAAUUCAGAAGAUGUAGUCAUGCAUGCACUACAGCUUCUGGGAAACUGUGUAACCAUUACCAACACCAGCCGAAAUGAUGAAUUCUUCAUUACUCCAAGCACAACUAUUCCUUCUGUUUUUGAACUUAAUUUCUACAGCAAUGGGGUGCUACACGUCUUCAUCAUGGAGGCCAUUAUGGCUUGCAGCCUUUAUGCCAUCCUGAAUAAAAGGUGCUCUGGAGGUACUGGGGGUGUAUCACCCAGUAUGAUUAGCCAAGAACAGCUUGUCCGUAAGGCUGCUGGCUUAUGUUAUCUGCUUUCUAAUGAAGGCACCAUAUCACUACCUUGCCAGACCUUUUACCAAAUUUGUCAUGAAGCAGUGGGAAGGUUUAUAAAGUACGGCAUUCUUGUAGUAGCCGAGCAAGAUGAUCAAGAAGAUAUUAGUCCUGGUAUCACAGAACAGUCCUGGGACAAGAAGCUUCCUGAGCCUUUGUCUUGGAGAAGUGAUGAAGAAGAUGAGGAUAGUGAUUUUGGUGAAGAGCAGAGAGAUUGCUAUCUAAAGGUGAGCCAGUCCAAAGAACACCAGCAAUUCCUCACUUUCUUGCAAAGGCUCCUCGGACCUUUGUUAGAGGCUUAUAGUUCAGCUGCCAUCUUCAUUCAUAAUUUCAGUGGCCCUGUCUCGGAACCAGAGUAUCUGCAGAAGUUACACAAAUACUUAAUCACUAGAACAGAAAGGAAUGUUGCUGUGUAUGCUGAGAGUGCUACAUAUUGUCUUGUGAAGAAUGCAGUGAAAAUCUUUAAGGAUAUAGGGGUUUUCAAGGAGACAAAACAAAAGAGAAUAUCAAUUUUGGAACUAAGCAACACUUUUCUACCUCAGUGUAACAGACAGAAACUACUGGAAUAUAUUUUAAGCUUUGUGGUACUAUAGAAGAAUGGUAACAUCUUUGCCUACAGAGAAAAGUACAGGGGGCAAUAGGGGAGGGGGAUUGAGGCCAGCACAGUCUUCAGGAUUUCACUGGCCUAACAGUUUGAGGUGCCAUUAUGUAGUAGGACCUUAUCUGACUGGAUCCACUGGAAGACAAGUGCCUUCUUCCCUCCAUGGAUUUGUGAUAAUCCUAAUUCUCUGGUAAUAUAAUAAUCUACAGUUAACACUUGGAUUUAGCUCAAUUUGCAAAUCAAAAUCAGUAGAGUUAAAAAUGAAAUCUCAGCAAAUUGUUUUGGAUUUUAUUGAAUAGCUACAUUUUAAGUAACUACUUUUAAGGUAUAAUUAUUGUGACUUUGCAAAAAUGUAGAUAAACAAAAGCUCCAAGCUUGUUUAGCAAACUUAGUGCUUUCAGCAAAUUCACCAGGAUUUUAGUGCUUUUAAAAAUAAGUUAAAGUCAUCCAUUCACUGACUUUUUUUUACUAUCUUUUUUAAAAAAAAUAGAGUAAUAUAAUUUUUCAUAUAUGCACCUUUCAUUUGAAAGCUCUUUAAAAAUUGAAUGGGCUAAUGCAAAUUGUAGCCUGGGAUCAAUGUUGUUUUCUUUGGAGUGUGACAUAGAAGAUAUUUUAGAGCUGCAUGAAAUGAAAUAAUAGCUUAGAUCAAGAAGUUAAAAUCAUUAUACAUAACAUAGCAGGGAAUAAAUCAUGUAGGCAGAGUUCAAAAAGAACUGACCAAGCAUCUUUCAUUUUGCAAAAAAGUGCCAUUGAGUUUUUAUUGACCACAGUAUGAAACUGAUUAUUCAGCUAGUGUUCUGGAUCUCCUGUUUUAUAUUCCUUUCCACAAGGUAUGCACCUUUCAUAGCACUGUCUUUCUACUUCUUUCUGAAGCAUGAAGGUAAUUGCCAUCUUCUGGAUUGUUCAGAACUGAUUAAUUUCUGUAGCAUAUGGAUGCUUCUUGGAAAGCUCCCACCCAGCCAUGGAUUUGGCUUAACUUGGCUUCUCUUCAGAUGAUGAGAUUUGAGGCAGCAGUGCUGUAGGUGCAUUGUUGCUACCUUGUAACUGUUAUGUGAAGUAAUCAUGUGGUGGACAACAUUUAGUUUUGUGAAAAAUCCAUGGUUCUUCAAAAUUACAGGGAAAUUAUAUGCCAAAACCUAUCAUGUUAAAUUGUUAUUGAGACCACGCUGUGGCAAAUAAUUAUGAACGGUUGUCUGUUUGUAAUGGGCACGUGCCAUUUUGUUAGCAGACAGCGUAAUUGUUUGUUAAUUGCACUAAUGUUAAUGUUCCCUUAAAGAUAAUGUGACAUUAAACUGUUUUGUAAUGACCUGUUACUCAUUAUUUCCAUGGUAGUGUGAAAUUAAGAAUCAUUUACUCCCCAAUGAAUGUAGUGUAUUGACUUUAAAUCUAAUGUAAAAUUAUCAAGACUUGUUAAUAUGGACAAUUUUGGUUUUAAAUACUAUUUAAUAUUAUCUCUUGAAAGAUCAGGGAUUUUUGGAUACAUAUUACUAACUUCUUGUCCAGCAAUAAUGCUAUGAUCUUGUUAUCCUUCUUCCCAAGAGUCAAAUUUCAAGUUAAAUCAUAACUUUUUCUUUCAUAAUGCUUUCCGAUAAACUAAGAUAAUAAUUAUUUUGAUAGUAAAUUAAUCUGAAGGGUUUGCACAUCCCUUCUGGUCCCCUAGUCUUCCAAACUACCAUGGGGUAGGUGAAAGAGAAGAAUGAUGAAAUUCAUAGUUUAACUCUUCCAGUUUAUUAGCCAGGCUAGCAAGGGAGGAAUAUUUUUGUAUUAGGUAGGAUGCUACUCUUGGAGGAAAUGCUUAGGGGAGCUUCCUUCCUCCCUUCCCCCUUAGUUUUUCUUUAUCUUGGGGAAUUAGAUUAAAAAAAAAUCAUCUUAGGGAAUUUGGGGAAACCCAGUGAACUCUACCCUUUUUAAAAUUCCUUAAUUUUCAAUUCAAGACUUUGCCAGCUUUAUUGUAAUGUGCUGGUAAGCUGAUGUGGAAAGAUCUACUGCACAAUCACUCCAUCAGGGAUCUGCUAUCUUCACCCUGAGCCUGCUUUGAGGAAUGAGUAAUAACUUUACUAUUUAUUUCCUGUUAAUACUUUUAGAUCCUAGCUAAUUUAGAUCUAAUGUAAAAUUACCAAGACUUGUUAAUACAGACAACUUUGGUUUUAAAAGCUAAUUGUAUCUCUUGAAAGAUCAGGGAUUUUUGGAUACAUGUUACUAACUGGCAUUACACAAAACUUCUUACUUAAAGUAUCCAGCAAUGAUGCUGUGAUCUUGUAAUUCUUCUUCCUAAGAGUCAAAUUCAAGUUAAAUCAUAACUUCUUUCAUAUUGUUUCUGUGUGUUUUUUUUCCCCCUUAGAAAUCUAGUCAAAUGCUUUGGAAAAUGAAAUAAAUGAUCUUACUACUUAACUAAUUCACUGUGAGCAUAAUCAUGCAUGUGAUUAACAGGUGCUCUGAAAACUUUUUUUAAGGAAGAAAAAUCUCAACCAAAGUUAUACUAAUUCAGAGAUAGAUUUAGAAUAAUGCACUAUUCAAUGCCUCAUUUAAUGGAAUACAUUUAGUUUAUUUGUAGUGAAACUGCAAAAGACAGAGCUUCAUUCCACUUGCCUGUAGCCAAAGCAUACUCUUUGCUAACAGAUAUUUUCUUAAAGCUGGUGACUUCCAUUUAAAGCUAAACAGACUAGGUGCUUGUAAAUAUUUUAUUAUGGUUUACUAUACCGCAUGCGCUUAUGAAAAUCCCAAGUGCAUGUCUUCUAGAGGAAGACUGAAUGAAGGACAGACCAAGUAAUAAGAAACUUCACUCUUUUUAAUGACAGUGUCCUAUGUAAUUCAGAUUAGCAGGAAAGGAAACAUUUUUUUUCCCUUUUAAAAACAACAAAAAAUCCAACAAAAUGAAAUCUUUUGAACUAGAACAAAAGAGAAUACUGUCUAAAUCUAGAUUACCGUGAAUUUAGAUUUUUAAGUAAUUUGGAAAAAGAUUUACUGUAUAUUUUAGCGUUUUUAAAAAAUCGGUGACAAAAAAAUGAAAUUACACUGAAGCAAAAGGUAAUGUGCAUGCAUUUUAUAUGAUCGUGUUGCAUAUAAUGAGUGCAUAUGUGAGUGUCUAUGUGCAUGUGUACAGACACAUGCACAUACUUAUAUUUUCCCUGGAGCUAAUAAGCACAGAAAACUAUUGUGAUGUUGGGUUACUAAAGGGAAAAGCUUUUCUUUUGGAGGGUUAACCUCAAGGCUGUUUCUUCUGGAUCUCUGCUUGAAAGCAUAGAGCUAUUGCUCUGAUUUGGGGUAAAUAUGUUCAUAAUGAUCUAGAAGUUAAUGUUGGCAUUGCUGAUUGUAGAUUGAUUUGAACAAGUAGUUCUAGAAUUUAUAUAGGAUGGAACCUUUCUAUUGAUUUUUGCUGAUUCUAGUUUGGAAAAGUUAGAAUGUAAAAAUCAAUUUGGUUCUUUUUAGGAAGUGAUACUCAGUACCUUUCAUAUAAUUUAAUAGAAACUAAUGAUUAUGUUUGAAAGAGAAAUUUUUGACCUUGUUCUAAUAUCUCAAACUCAGAAAUGCCUUGAUGGCAGUUUUUAAAGUACUUGCCUGUUUCUGUAUAUAAAAAUAACAAAUUACUAUUGUAAAAAUAUUGUUAUAAUAUGUUGUAAAAAAUAACUGAGUGUGAACUAAAUCAGUUUGGAAAUGUUAGCUAAUUUCUAUGCCUGUUAAAUGUUAUGUCAGAAGCACAGAAAUGUAGUUUUAUUAUAAUAAAUUGCAAAAUCACAAUGUA